AUGUCGAGCCCAGCAAAUGGGGAUGCGCAAAAACGCAGAGAAGGGGAUAAUGAGCCUCUGACGCCGAGAAUUCUUGCUGAAGCGGCACCUGCUGUCACGGCUGCUGUGGUCACGUUCAGCCUCAUAUUCGGUGGCUGUUGUUCCAAUGUUUAUGCAUUGGAAGCCAUCGUCAAACAUGAACCCGGCAGUGGCACCCUGUUAACCUUCGUGCAAUUUCUUUUCAUCGCCGUAACAGGUUAUGUGGCCCAAUUAGACCGGACUAGGCCUCCUUUCUUCCUUUCGCCUAAUAAAGUUCCUCUGCGGCGCUGGCUUAUCAGUAUCGUCCUCUUUUUCAGCAUCAAUGUGUUGAACAACCAUGUAUUCAGUUACGAUAUAUCUGUUCCAGUACACAUCAUCCUCAGGUCAGGAGGUAGCAUCACAACCAUGAUUGCUGGGCAUCUGUAUGGAAAGAAAUACUCCCGUCUACAAGCCAUUGCCGUCGUACUGCUCAGUAUGGGAGUUGUUUUGGCUGCUUGGUCGAAUGCUCAAGACAAGGCUCCUUUGCCCGGAGAAUCUACCUUGUCUACAUGGAACGCAGGACUGGUCAUUCUUUUCACCGCGCAAGUUCUCUCGGCCAUCAUGGGACUCUAUACAGAAGCAACCUAUCAGCAAUACGGCCCGCAGUGGAAGGAAAACCUUUUUUACUCCCACAUCCUCUCAUUGCCACUUUUCCUCCCAUUCGCGCCGUCCAUGUGGAGAACCUUCAGUAACAUGGCCAGGACUGAGAAAUUGAAACUGCAAGUUCCCUGGUCAGCAAAUAUGGCUCAGAUUGAGAUUCCGAGUCAAUUCGUAUACCUCGUCAUCAAUGUGCUUACUCAAUAUGCAUGUAUCCGCGGCGUCAAUCUUCUAGCGGCAACGUCCUCAGCACUUACGGUUACCAUUGUGCUCAACAUACGCAAGCUCGUCAGCCUGUUGCUGAGUAUCUGGCUGUUCGGGAACUCUCUAGCUGGUGGUACAAUGCUCGGCGCAAUAAUAGUUUUUGGAGCCGGAGCACUCUAUUCCUUUGGAACGAAUGCAAAAGAACAGACAGCAAAGUCUCAGGCUGCAAAGCCACAGGCUACCCCAAAAGUCGGGAAAAAUCUAUAG